CUCCGAGAAAUCAAAGAACCGAAUUUCCUUGCUCCGCAUUUUCAGUGAUGAAGUUUCUAUUUCCGUGUGCGCCUAUAAGCGUAAGGAAAAGUUAACAUUGCGUUUGCGAAAUUCGUUGUCAAGCUUGGAAGUGCACAAAUGCGGGCCGGAUUUAGUCAUCGUCUUGCAAAACUGGAGUGAUUGUACCAAGUUGGACUUCCGGCGAGAAAUGUCACUUCGACACUGGAUUGAUCAUUGUAUGGAACUUGCAACUGCUAAGCGUAUUGACGAGUUAACUCUUUCAAGCAUUAAGAAGAAACACAAGUAUGACUUGAAAGGCUUUCACAAAAGUUUAGCUGGAUUGCACAUCAGAGAAUUGUGGACCAAAUAUUAAAUUGUUCGGCACACUGCCAAUUGUGCACAAAAUAGUAUUUCUCGACUGUAAAAAUACGUUAACACCUGGCUUUCAUCAGAUACUUGUUCAAAAUCCCAAUAGAGUCACAUAUUUCAACCAAAAUGUGACACGUAUUAAUCUGAACGAUUUGUUGGCUUCGAGUGUGUCAUUUUUAGAUAAUAUGACUAAUAGCUUACCGGAUGCUCAACUCAAUUUGUUUCUUAAACAUUGGAUAGCCGGAUCGAAUCAGAGUCUUCACGGGAUUGCUCUCAUAAAAUCUCGAGAAGGAGAAAGCUACAAUAAGGAUGUUGUUAUGAAAGGUAUCGAUUAUCAUCCGGCAGAGGAAAGAGACAUUCCAAAUUCUAUGAGCGGGACGGAUUUUUGUCCAAUGUUGAACACUGGCGUAGUUACGAAAUUCGGCAUCACUAGCAGUUUAUUUUAGAAAAACCUAUAAAGCACGCCAUCGACCCGAUGGGAAUGACAAUAAUUUCUGCAUGCUUGUUUGGAAAUAGUUUUUUUCAAUUUGGUUUACGAAAUAAAGAUCAUAAUUUUAAAUAUAGGCGAACGGGCUCAUUCUCUCCAACUGCCUCCUUGCGAGAAUGCCUCCUUUCCCUCUUCUCCGUCUGCCGAGCAAUGUGCUAUCGAAUGUUCUACGUGCCAUGGAUCCUGUUGCUCAGUUUGGAAUCUCACUGCUAUCUGAAAGAUUGAAAAAUCUCAUAUGCUCGCUUCAAGUUUUCACCACCGACGUUGAAAUUAUCUUGCGCAGAUCAAUAGAAUUAAAAAUCGUUCCGCUAUUUCUGGUUAUUGGGCAAACCGGUCAGAUAGAAAUAAGCAGUUUUACUCAUUUCUUUUUGGACAAUUUUAUCUGGAUUCGGCCACAAAUGUCGACUAGGAAUUGGAUCGAUCACUGCCUGGAGCUCACGAACAAUCAUCGGCUGAACAAAUUGAUCGUCGAAGCCGGAGAUAACCAGGAGAUUGACAUGGAUGGCUUUUACAGAUCCUUAAUCGGAUUGCACAUCAAAACCCUUGAACUCAAAGGAACCUAUUCGAGAAGUAUCCAACUGUUUGGUUCUCUUUCCAAUGUGGAUACGAUAGUGUUGGACGUUGAACUUGUGCAAACAACUGACUAUCAACGUAUGGUUGUUCUGAAUCACACUAAGUUGGUAGAGACAAGAACUAAUAGGGUGAAAUUUUCACUGAACGAUUUACUGGCUUCGAAUGCAUCGUUUCUGCAAUUCACCAACUUGCGCAUCCCGGAUACUCAACUCAAUUUGUUCCUCAAACAUUGGAUAGCCGGGUCGAAUCAAAGACAGGAAGGCUUCUCUCUGACAAAAGAACAUGAUGAGCAAAGCUACAACCAAUCGGUUAUUCUCAAAGGCAUCGAGACUCGACCAGCGGUGCGAAGAUCGGAACAUCAUAAGUUCGAUGAGAUAUUUACACUCCCGCAGUACAGCCGGACUCUUGACAUUACAAAUUGUGAUGGAGUGGAGGCAACGGUUUAUUUCGGAAAAAGUUGGUUGUUCAACCUAGGACCUGUAACCAAUUUGUGUUGUAUGCUUGUUUGGGGAUAGUUUUUGAAUAUGGUAAUUGGAAUAAAUGAUUUUAAUUGGUA